UUCAGCAAAAUCACUCUUUUUGUUGCUUUUCCAAAUUGCACUGUCACGCCACAACUAAAAAAUAGAAUCAAGUUGAAUAUGAAUAUUAUAAUAGGAAACUUUUACAAGAUCACUGAUAUUUAUCUCUCAUACUUUAGUUUAAUGCUUUAAUUAGACCCACAGCCCACAAUUCAUUUAUUAUUAUUCUCUGCACCACCAAAGCUUUAGGGUGAUGUCUGUACUUUGCGUUUCUCUUUCACCAACAGCCCCAAAAGACCUGGCAUAUACGUACAUAUAUAUAUAGAGACAGAGGCAGUCUCAGUAUUUUUUGACACCAAGGAGAGAAAGGGCCUUUCGAGUUUCAACAUAUACAAAAUAAAUACCAGCAUGCUUACGUUCUUUGUCACAACUGCUUGAUUUUUCUCCUUCACUUCACAGAAUGUCUACUUCAGAGACUUGCCAUGAUGACUUGUCAGUCUCCAGCGGCUCUUCCUGCGAGAUUGGCGAACACUUAGACUCAGAUUCUUCGUCUGAGGUGGACUUGGAGAGUGGGGUUUUGUUGGAGAAGCUGCAUUUAGAUGAUAAGUCAGUGAGAGAUUGUAGAAUUUGCCAUUUGGGUUUUGACAGUAAUUCUCAGGAGUUAAGGCCUCCCAUUGAGCUGGGUUGUUCUUGUAAAGGUGAUUUGGGUUCUGCUCACAAACAAUGUGCUGAGACUUGGUUUAAGAUCAAGGGUAACAUGAUCUGUGAGAUUUGUGGCUCCACCGCAUUAAAUGUUGCUGGUGAGCAAAUAAAUCGGUCAAAUGGUGUUGCUGCUACAGCCUCAUCAGCAUCGGCAGCACCUAUGAUCCUUGUGGAAAGUCGAAACUUCUGGCAGGGCCACCGCAUAUUGAACUUCUUACUUCCCUGCAUGGUGUUUGCCUUUGUUAUAUCUUGGCUCUUUCACUUUAAAGUCCUGUCAUGAUUGUUUAGAGUGAAACUGUGGGGAUAAGAUGUAACUCCCAUUUGUAGUGGUGUUCAUAUUUGGUCUCUGUUUGUAUCCAUCCUUAAACACCUUCUUGCUCUGUGUUGUAUGUUAUAACACAUAAUGGGAAAAGCUUCUUUGCUUAUAAA